AGAAUCCCUCAUAUGGCUGCUUAAGAAAUCUGUAUGCAUUUGGAGACUGUAUGUAUCAAGAAGAAGUUGUUCAUACAGAUAUGCCUGAGUACAGCUAACAUCUGUGAUACAUAAUGGAUCUCGAUAUGGAAACUAGAUAGGAUUGAACUGUGGCUGUUCAGAAAUCAUUUCACUCACUUUCUCCUCCUGAUACAGCUGUCUUGGAUCUUCCCCUGUGAUCUUAAGGAUAAAUUUACAGUACCCUUUAUUUGGUCCUCUUACGUCAAAGUCCUGGUCCUUGAUUCCUGGACAGCCACAGAUCUGUAUUGUCUAAAAUCUCUUCUAAGGCCAGGACUGUCCAUUUCCCCUCACCCUUUAUUACACUAGCAGACAUCAUAGAAAAUUAAAUCUUGAGGUUAUUAUAACCAUGUCUACACAAGGCAUCAGAAGCACUAAGACGUACAUCUGGUAUCUGAAAGAUGUUUUAGGGACAGGAGCUACUAGCUCAGUAUACCUGGGCCGUCACAAGAAAACUGGUGAUGUUGUUGCUGUAAAGAUGUUUAAUCAUAUGAGUUACAUGCGUCCUCAUGAAGUUCAACAGAGAGAGUUUGAGGUCCUUCUUAAAUUAAACCAUCAAAAUAUCAUCCAUCUCCAUCAGAUUGAAGAAGAUCAAAUCUCCAAACAGCCUGUGAUUGUAAUGGAACUUUGUACAGGUGGAAGUCUAUAUACCUACCUUGACACACCUGAAAACAUGUAUGGUUUAAAAGAAAAGGAAUUCCUUCAUGUUCUCAAAGAUGUCUCUGCUGGUAUGAAACAUCUAAGAGAUAAAGGUAUCAUCCAUCGUGACAUCAAACCAGGUAACAUCAUGAUGGUUAAAGGUGAAGAUGGAGUUUAUAUUUAUAAACUAGCUGACUUUGGAGCAGCAAGGGAAUUGGAAGAUGAUGAAGCCUUCAAGUCACUCUAUGGAACAGAGGAAUAUCUGCACCCUGACCUGUAUGAGAGAGCUGUUCUAGGUGAAAGAAACAGGACAGAAUUUACAGCACAGACUGACCUUUGGUCACUUGGAGUAACCUUCUAUCAUACUGCAACAGGGUCACUUCCAUUCCGUGCCCAUGGAGGACGUAACAACAGAGGUGUCAUGCAUAAGAUAACAACCACCAAGAAAUCAGGAAUAAUAUCAGGUGUCCAGGAAGUGCUUAAUGGACCUAUCAUCUGGAGUGAAGAGCUCCCAAAGACUUGUCACUUUUCACUUGACAUGCGUCAACAGGUCAAAACCCUUCUUUCAAAUACCAUGGAAUGUAACAUACAGAAGAUGUGGAGCUUUGAAAUCUUCUUUGAAUAUGUUCAGAAACUGACCAGUAUGCAUCCUGUAGAUAUCUUUGUGGCUCCUACUUGUGAGUGUCAUAUCAUCUAUGUAGAGCCUCAUCGUAAGGUAGCAGACUUACAGGACAAGGUGGCACAUUUGACUGGAAUCCAACCUGAAACUCAAUGUUUCUUGUAUGAGAAGAAAGUCUUUGAUCUUGAGAAGUGUUUGAGGUGUGAGGAUCUACCGAAGACAUCUCCAGAUAAUCCUCUGAUAUUGAUCAGAAUGGGAGCGGAAGCCAUUCCAGGCAUCAGGAUUCCACCGUUACCAACUCAACCAAAAACAGCCACUCAUUUUUCUGUACAACAAGACUGUACCUUAGCCAAGGUAUGUACUUUCAAAAAGCUUUUAUUAAUGCAUCAAGAGAUGAGGCAUUUUACAUGUAAUUUACUUUAAUCUUAUAUAUGGAGGUAUUCCAGGUCUUGCAUGAAACCAAGGUGAUUAAGAUGGGUGCCCAUCUUAAUUUGCUUUCCUGCCCUUAAAAUUCCCUCAUUGCCAACAAUGGCUCUAAAGCCAAAAAAGAAGUUGUCUUGCCCUCUUGAUGGCUUACUUUUAGAGCUGUGUUAUUUCUUUUAGAAUAAUUGCUUCAGAAGAUUUGAAGGUACUUGAAGAAUACAUUGGACCCUUAGCCAAAUUUCUCUGAACAUUAUUUCAAAUAUUUAAUUUAUCAGUUAAAUUCAUUUAGUGUAGAAGCUGUUAUUCAUGAAUUUCAUGGAUUGCCGAACGCCUUGCGAAUUUAAUAUCAAGUGAAAAUAUUGACCCAUUUAAGAACUAGUGCCUAUGUCCCUGACAGUAAGGCUUAGCUAUUGAAAACAUGGUGUGUGGUGAAAUACCUGAGAAAUUUACCUCUACACAUACAAAAAAAUGAGGUUGAAACAAUACAGUUUAAUAGUAAUAUUAAAAGUUGCUAGAAUUUCACUUUUUUAUUUCUCAAACAAAAUCAGAAUCUCAAUUAUUUUCCUAGCUUAUUGUUAUCAAUAGUCAUUCACUUAAUACUGUGAUAUUCAAAUGUAUUUUCCACGAAAUAAUUUGAUCUUAUUUUCAUCUGAUUGUUUCUACAUACAGGUUCAUGUUCAGCUAUUUGCAUACUCAUUAAUAUUCUUGAGUCACAUGACCAGAGGUUUUGGAGGUGUAAGAACCCACUUUUUCAAAAAUGAAUCAAACAAAACACAACUUAAUUAUAUAAACCUAAUAGUGCUUUUACAGUUCAAACUGUGAUAUGGUGAAUUUUCAGAUCGAAAAGUACAAAAAGAGUGAAAUAUAAGCCACUAUUCUCACACUUUUAUAACUGCUUUUUUAAAUGAAUAUAUUAUGUAUAAAAUACAUGUCUUCAUUGGGGCUUUGAGGAGCAUAUUUUUGCUGCUCUGAAAUGCUGUAAAAGUGUUUAGUAUAUCUUCCUAUCACAAAUUCAACAAUGUGCAAAAAUGUCCUGACCCCUCCAUUUGAAAAAAAAAAUAUGUAUGUGAAAAUAAUAGCUCUUACGGUGUUCUUUAUUUAUCUGCAAGAAUAAUGCCUCUACUUGGUGUGUGUGUGUGUGUACAGUAAAUCAGCUAUUAAGUGCAGAGAUGCCUAUUUAUAUUGAUUAUUUUUAUUAUUUUGCUCACUUAAUGAUAUUAAUAAUAUAUACCUAGGCCCAACUGCAUAAAAGUUACUAUUAUAGUAACUUUGGCAGUCACCAUUGAAUGGCAAAGUUACUAUUUUUUUUGUUUUGAAUAAUAUUUUAUUUUCUUCCUCUUUCAAAUCAAUAAGUUUACAAUCACAAUUCAUAUAAAUAAAGAUUCUUUGUAUGUAUACAAUCAAUAAACAAUCAAACAAAUAAAUAUAUCAAUAUCAAUGAGAUUACGAAUAUUUUUGAAAUGAUUACAAAUGAAAUUAAACUGCCAAAUUUCUCUUCUAUAACAAUGUGAAAGCAGAGGGGAAAAACCCGUAUCAAUCGACAAAAUAAAAAAAACGUACUUUGUAAAAAAUGACUUUUUCCCUGAAUAGAAUAGAAAUAAUCUCUUUUGCACAUAUUAAUUGUAC